AGGGAGUAUAAAAAAUCUCGCCACGGAGUCGGCUCAUCUCGGGCCUAAACUCGUGGCAGAGUGCUACAGGCCCAUCUGUGUCCAUAUAUGCAUAUGCAUAUGGAGCAGCAAAGCCCAGCUCGCUUGUCCCCCACCACACCAGUCGAGAUGCCGCCGCCGGCGGCGGCGCUCAUGGACGAGCUCGUCGAGGAGUUCCUCCUCCGCCUCCCGCCCGACGACCCCGCGAGCCUCGUCAACGCCGCCCUCGUCUGCAAGAGGUGGGGCCGCCUCAUCGCCGGCCCCGCCUUCCGCCGCAAGUUCCGCAAGAUCCACCGCACCAAGCUGCUGCACAUGGCCCGGGGCCAGGCCUUUAGGCGGCGGCGGCGGCGCCGGCGGCAGUGAUGGCGCUGCACGUCCGUCCGACCGGAAUACCGGAUGGAUCUCUGCGACGACGGCUUUGCGUUGCGGAGCAGGACGGUAGGAGCAGAGCCCUGGACUGCAAUCAGCGUCUGCUGGAAUCAGGAAGCUGAACUGAACCCCCGCUACUGCCAUCGCCAUUGUUCAUAAAUCAUAAUCAUGAUAAUGUUGUGCAAUAGCGCAAAUUGCCAAACCCAUACAUGCCUUAUGGCCUCCAUGUACUUCAUCCAUUUCUUAGUUUCAAAGUAGUCGAUGACUCUUGAUCGAGUUUCCUAGUUACAUAAAUUGUAUAUGAAAAUAGUCUAUAUCUAGACGCAUAAAAAAGGUGUAGGCUUUGCCUUAUACAUCUA